AAAACAUAUUGAAGAUCUGACAAUGUGUAGAGCAAUUUAAUGUGGAGGAUGGUUAUCUUUGAUUGUCGCUUGUUUUAAAUAUUGAAGGUUCAUUUAAAAUAUGGCAACUGUCAGUAUAUGUGUGUUUGUGCGGGUUUUCUUUGCAUUUCUAGCUUUGGCAUGUUUUGUAUCAUCGAAGUGCGAAUCCGAUGAAAUACCGGUCGCUAAAAUGUGUCAAAACUCAAGAGUUUCCGGUUCUGCUGUGUACAUUGACACUUCAGACGCCAUGUUGACAGAUCAUACCAAGCAAGUUCCUCUGUGUCAAUGCACUGCAACAUUAGCUAUGGCACAUUUUUUCUCAGCAAAUAUUUUGGGACCGAAAAACACGUGUGGUUCAAUCGUGAAAUUUCAGACACCAAAGGACAUUAAAACAACUGCUGAGAAUUGCGAACUGACCAAGCACGAUUUGAUCGAGGUACGCGAUGAAGACAACGCUGUCAACAUCUCUUUGGUGAAGCUACACACUCCGUAUGAGACAGACUUCUGUGUUCGUUUGACAUUAGAUCUCUGUCUAGAUGACAAAUACCAAUGUCACAUGACGGGAGAGUGCAUUCCCAGGAAAUUCAUGUGUGACGCUAACCCAGACUGCCCAGACCAGGACGAUGAGCUCAACUGUGAACAACAAAUGUGUGCAGAAGGAACGACGAAGUGUGGUGAUGGCAAAUGCUACGUCUCAUGCGAAGAUGUGAACAUUACCAGCACCAACUUAACAACACAUUCAUUUGAUACACUGAAGCCGAUCAUCGAAGUUGUGUGUAUACAAAGUACACACUUUUCUACGACUACACCAACAACGACUACGACAACAACAACAACUACUACUGCACCACCAACAACAACGACAACAACGCCCACCGCAACAACCACGCCGACCACAACAACAACGACAAGCACAACAAAACUACCGAAAACAACAAUGGCAACAACAACGCCGACCGCAACAACCACAACGACAACAACACCAACACUAGCUAUCAAUAUUCCCCCACGCACAACCACAGCGUCUACAUUACCAGCAUUCGAAUCGCCCGAUAUAAGUUGGACACCAGAAGAAACUACGGCACUUAAGGAGCUGAAAGCAACAGCGACUUCAAAAACCGUUCAGGAUGACAUAGAAAGCGGAACACCGCAGACUUCACUCGAUAAAACUGACAGUGGCAAGAAAUCAAUACUUACAAAUCCCGUUGCACUGGUCGGAAUCGUAGUAGGUGCUGUUGCAUGCGCGGUUAUUACAGCUAUUAUUAUUUACGCCGCCAGAAGACGCAUGAAGAAGAAAAAGUCCCAUGACAUUCCACCAUCUGACCUUUGGAUACCAAACGCUGGAGAACCCAAUGAGCUGUCAUCCAUGAAUACCUAAAAUGGAACUAAACACAAUGUUGUUACAAGAUAACAUUGACGUGAUGCCAACGAAAUGCAACUGAAAACGUAUUAAGUAAACAUUGUCUAUAUGUAUUUUUACGCCAUCCUGUCAUUUCCCGAAUUUGCAUUGUAUGCUGAUUUUGUUAUAUAUGGUGCAUGACCGUACUGUAUAUUUAUGAAAGUAAUGAAAUCUAUUUAUUUGCUGA